AUGCCCCUGAGCACACUGCUGGCCACCUUCCUGUGCACGAUCGUGCUGCCCGUCCUGCUGUUCCUGGUGGCGGUGAAACUGUGGGAGGUUUACAUGAUCCGCGGCAGAGACCCCGGCUGCCCCAGCCCGCUGCCCCCCGGCUCCAUGGGCAUGCCGUUUAUUGGAGAGACGCUGCAGCUCAUCCUGCAGAGGAGGAAGUUUCUGCGGAUGAAGCGACAGAAAUACGGUUACAUCUACCGAACACACCUCUUUGGGAACCCCACGGUGCGCGUGACCGGCGCGGAUAACGUCCGUCAGAUCCUGCUGGGGGAACACAGGCUCGUGUCCGUGCAGUGGCCCGCGUCGGUGCGCACCAUCCUGGGCUCGGACACGCUCUCUAACGUGCACGGAGUCCAGCACCGGACCAAGAAAAAGGCCAUCAUGCGAGCUUUCUCCAAGGAGGCUCUGGAGCUCUACAUCCCAGUUAUACAGGAGGAGGUGCAGGCAGCCGUGAAGGAGUGGCUGGCCAGGGACUCCUGUGUGUUGGUCUACCCAGAGAUGAAGCGGCUGAUGUUCCGCAUAGCCAUGAGGAUUCUUUUGGGCUUCGAGCCAGAGCAGAUCAAGACUGACGAGCAGCAGCUGGUGGAAGCUUUCGAGGAAAUGAUCAAGAAUCUGUUCUCUUUGCCUAUUGAUGUGCCUUUCAGUGGACUGUACAGGGGUCUAAAGGCAAGGAACCUCAUCCACUCCAAGAUAGAAGAGAACAUCAAGAAGAAGGUGCAAGACUCAGACAAAGAGACAAAAUACCGAGAUGCCCUGCAGCAGCUCAUUGACAGCAGCAAGAAGAAUGGAGAGCCGUUUAGCAUGCAGGCCAUCAAGGAGUCUGCUACAGAGCUGCUGUUUGGGGGUCAUGAAACCACAGCCAGCACAGCCACCUCACUGGUUAUGUUCCUGGGCCUAAACCCUGAAGUAGUGGAUAGACUGAGGCAGGAACUAAUGGACAAGGGGAUGGACCUCCAGAGUCUGAACAUUGAGUCUUUGGAGCAGUUAAAGUACACCGGCUGUGUCAUUAAAGAGACGCUGAGGAUCAACCCUCCUGUCCCUGGAGGCUUCAGAGUGGCCCUCAAGACCUUCGAACUCAAUGGUUACCAGAUUCCCAAAGGCUGGAAUGUGAUCUACAGCAUCUGUGAUACCCAUGAUGUGGCAGAGAUCUUCCCCAACAAAGAAGACUUCCAGCCGGAGCGCUUCAUGACCAAACCCUCUACAGACUCCUCCAGGUUCCAGUACAUCCCGUUUGGUGGCGGCUCCAGGAUGUGUGUAGGGAAGGAAUUUGCCAAGGUUCUGCUGAAGAUCUUCCUAGUAGAAGUGGUCAGAAAGUGCCACUGGACCCUUUUAAACGGGCCACCAGCCAUGAAAACUGGACCUACUGUCUAUCCUGUGGACAACCUGCCAACCAAGUUUACCAGCUAUGCACAAAAUUCAGGGGGGUUUGACAAGUGAUUGCAUUUCUUAAAGGCUGUGUAAAAUGAAAUUGAAUUUGUUUCCCUCAAAAGUCUCAAAUCCUUGAGAUUUUUGGAUUACUGUUGCUCCUUGAAAACUGAUCGUUGGCCACGUGAACAGAAAAUAUGUUCUUCCUGGGCUCAUGUCAAUGUGGUAUUUUUUGGGCAUGAAUUGUACAUAUUGUAUAUUGCCUUAGAACACAUUUAUGUUUUAUAUUAUGAUGUUAAUACAUUGCAAUUGUAUAUAUUUUCUUUUUUCUUAAGAUAUGGACAAACUAAACAAGAGGCACUAUACACUUACAUGGAACACUUUAAUCAGCUCAGAGGUGUAUCUAUAGAAUUGUGUACAUAUGUAAUGUAGAGUCUGUUUAUAUAACUUUUCUAUCUUACCCCAACUUAUUUAAGUGACUUAU